AUGGGUAAACCCGUACGGUGGUCUGAUUUACCUAAAGAACUCGUCGAUUUAAUCGCUGAUCGAUCUUCCUACAUCGAUCAUCUCCGUAUCCGUAGCAUCUGUAAACCCUGGCGUUAUGCGGUUGCGACCAAAAAGCGUUUCUUCAACCGCUUUAAGCGCAGCCUUGUUGGUUCUUCCAAUUCCAGUAGGAGGAAAAAGAGUGACCUCUUACCCAACACUUUCUUCCGUGUAACUCAAGCUUCUUCUUCGUGUCCUAACAAAGGAUGGCUGAUCAAAACCAGACAAAUCUCUGAAUCAAGUAAGAUUAAUCUCUUGUCUCCUCUUUCUAAUGAGCUCAUAACUCGUUCAGACAAAACCCUAGAUCUUUUGAAGUUCGGGGUUUCAGAUAUUCGUCAAUCUUACAACGUUCAAUUCUUAAAAAGCAAAAUCUGGUGCAACACGAUUGUAGAAGAAAGUUUUAAAUGGACAAGAAUCGAAAACAAAAAUGUUGGAGAAUUCUCGGACGUUAUACUUCACAGAGGACAAGUCUAUGCUUUAGAUUUAAAAGGCGUAAUUUGGCGGGUUAAUAAUAAUUUAGAUGAUCUCAACAUAUCUCAAUACGGACCUUCAACUCCAGUGAAAUAUCGCAAGACCAAUAAUUGCAAAGACAAGAGACUUGUGGAGUAUUGUGGAGAUCUAUGUGUGGUUCAUCGUUUGUGUCAGAAAGUUCACAUGCGAACUGAUUUUGAGAGGACAAUUGGUUUUAAGGUCUAUAAGAUGGAUAACGAAUUGGCUGAAUGGGUUGAGGUUAGUUCCUUGGAAGACAAGGCACUCAUUGUGGCUACGGAUAGUUGUUUUACGGUCUUAGCCUCUGAGUACUAUGGAUGUUUGGAGAAUGCUAUCUACUUCAGUGAUGAUGAAGAUGGGUAUAAAUUUAGGAAAGGAGUGAAUGGUAAAGGUGCUAAAGUGUUGAAGCUUAAUGAUGGUAGAAUCAUCAAUAAUACUUCUCAUAAUUGUUUUCAGAUGUUUUCUUCUCCUUUCCUCUCAAAAUACUAG